GAGCCGCUGCCGUGUUUACAGCGCCCGCCGUGCCCGCCCCGCCGCCGCUGUCCCUCGGCCCGGCCCGGCUCCGCGGCCGCUUUUCCGUUCUCCGCGUCAAUGCGGCGCCGCCGCCCCGCGGCCUGUCCCGGCCAUGGACACCAGCGACUUGUUCACCAGCUGCAAGAAGGGCGACGUGAGCCGCGUGCGAUACCUUCUUGAGCAGCGAGAUGUGGAAAUCAAUGUCCGUGAUAAGUGGGACAGUACACCCCUGUAUUACGCCUGUCUGUGUGGACACGAGGAGCUUGUACGUUAUCUUCUAGCCAAUGGAGCAAAGUGUGAGGCGAACACUUUCGAUGGGGAGCGCUGUUUGUACGGAGCUCUGAGCGACGCCAUCCGCCGGCUGCUGAAGGAGUACAAGCAGAUCACAGCCAAGUGCAUGAGGAGGGACUACUAUGAUGUGUUCCUGCAGAGGCUGCUGGAGCAGGGUUACCAGAGUGACAUUGUUUUCAUCGUCCAUGGCAAAUCCUUCUGUGCCCACCGCUGCAUCCUCAGCGCCCGCAGCGCCUACUUUGCAGAGAUGUUUGAGACCAAAUGGAAGGGGAAAAACAUGAUAGUGUUGAAGCACCCACUGAUUAACCCAGCAGCCUUUGGAGCUCUUCUGCAGUAUCUGUACACAGGUCGUCUGGAUAUCGAUGUAGAAUAUGUGAGUGAUUGCAAGAGGUUGGCCAAGCAGUGUCGGCUGCAGGACCUCAUUGAUGAUUUGGAGACCAAAUGUAAAAAAGUCUAUGAAUUUGUCUCUUCCAAGCCAGGGACCUGUGUGAAAGUGCUGACCAUUGAGCCCACAGGUAACUGCCGGCUGCAGGAAGAUCUGGCUCUCCUGGCAGACUGCGCCCUGCCAGCUGAACUGCGGGUUGGUUUUGGGGAGUUGCCCUUUGACAGCACUGACAACUUCAACAGCUGUCCUGACGUGUGUUUCCGUGUGGAAGAUUACAACUUCUUGUGCCAUAAGGCAUUUUUCUGUGGUCGCAGUGAUUAUUUCAAAGCUCUUCUUGAAGAUCAUUUCAGUGAGAGUGAGGAGCUACAGACACAGCCCAGCAUCCCUGUGGUGACUCUGCACAACAUCUCAGAAGACAUCUUCAUCCGGGUCCUCUACUACAUCUACAGUGAUGAUACAGAGCUGUCCCCAGAGAACGCCUACGACGUGCUGUGUGUGGCUGACAUGUACCUGCUGCCCGGGCUCAAGCGCCUCUGCGGCAGGACCCUGGCGCAGAUCCUCGACGAGGACAACAUCAUCAGCAUCUGGAGGAUUGCAAAGCUCUUCCAGCUGACCCGACUGGAGGACCAGUGCACUGAGUACAUGGCCAAGAUCAUUGAGAAGCUGGUGGAGUUGGAGGAGUUUGCAGCUGCUGUGAAGGAGAACGCAGAGGCCGUGGAGGAGCGGCAAGAGACUGACUCCAUCCCUCUGGUCGAUGACAUCCGCUUCCACAUCACCAGCAACGUGCAGACUUACAGUGCCAUUGAGGAAGCCAACCAGAAACUUGAAGCUCUAGAAAACCUCCUGGCCAGCAUAGGGCUCGAGUGCUGAUGUGUGCAAACCCUGCCUGUCAUUUGCAGCCUGCACAGCCCUCACUGCAUUGGCUCGGAGUGCAAGAACAUCUGAGUCUGAAUGUCCCACUCCCAUUCUUUGUCCUCCUUCCCAUCCACCUUCAGGCAUGGUUUCUUUUUAAUUUAUUUGUCUGGACAUUUGCAUUUCUGGUUUGUGUUUGGUUUUACUUUGUUUUUUUGUUUCUCCUUUCAGAAAUAACUCCCAAAGCUCAGCCUAAGUCAGUAGCUGCUCCUUUGUACAAUACACUGUGGAGAGGAGACUGUGAGCUGUUGGGAAUGGUGAAGGAGCUGUUCUGGGGACUUCCUACUGCCUGGGGUUAGAACCCAUCCCAUUCUGUGGUUCAAUACAACACACUUCUGAAACUGGCUUAUGCCAGAAUAUUUGUUGAAUUACCAGCAGCAGAGGAAGAAAACUGGAUUAAAGUCUUAAUAAGUAUAUGGGAAAGGAGGUCAGCACUGUCACUGUCAGUAUUACAGGACUGGCAGAACUGGGCCGUGCUUCCCUAAUGGGACAGAGAGGUACUUGGCUGUGUGGAAGGCACUGUCUUCACCUGUUAUUUUAGUACUUAGAUGGAAAAAAAACAACAAAAAAAAGAGUGAUUUCCAGGUCUUCCCUACCUUUUCGUUGCUUUGAAGUGCUCAGAAUUUAAAAGCUUUGCUUUCUGAACAAGCAUCUUUGGGAAUACAGUAGAGACCAGAAUCCUUCCAUUCUUAGAAAGCAGUAGCUUUCAGUGCACAAAAGAAGGAAGAGCAGCCCUCUUAAAGAGGGGAUGGAAACACCUUCUUCUUGGAAACAGCACUUUUCCCUUUAUUUUUGUCCACUGUGGUAGGGCAAGGCUGACUUGCUGGUGGGUCUGGGAAGAGGGGUCACUGGAAAUCUCUUUCAAAAGGAAAGGGCCCUUUUGGGGCUCUCAUAGGGCUGCUGUCCCACUCUGUGACCUUCUGGCUUUGCUCAGCCUUGAGCCUCAUAGCUUCACUGUUCUCCAGGAAAUUCAUUGUCUGUACUAAUGAAUGUUUUUGAAUCUGUAUUUUGCAGUAGGUCAUGUUAUCCCAUGUUGUCUGCCUGGAUUCUUAAUGAGGGCUAUGGUGUUCCCUGUCCUUGGCACUAAUCAGCAGGUGAUAACCCUGCAUAGCCUUGCCUUGCCAGAUAGGCUGCCCUUGGAGCUGUGCAUCUCUGGAAUGGUGUUGGGAGAGUCUCCAGGGUGCAGGCUGGGUGCACCUUCCCAUGCUGGGCUUUGGGAGGGAGAAGCAGCAUUGAGUGAAGCACAGGCACUGGGCUGCUGUGACCACUCAUACAAUCAUUUUGGUCAAUUCCUGAGGCAAGAGCUUGAAUAGACUGUGCCAGAGGUGCUUUUAUUAUGUGACGUGGGAACUGGGCAACUUCAGGGUGUUGUUUUCUGUAGUGGUGGGGGUUAGGAGACUUGCUUCAGGUGUGGAUUUAUUGGGAGGAUGGGUUUUUCUUUGCUAAUCUCACCAGGUGAGAGACUGAUACCCCACAGCAAGUGAGAGCUGCAGCCUCACUGCCUGUUCCUCUCCUGCACUGAAGCUGUUGGCAGGUGCACGGGCAGGCUCUGGGCACCACCUGCACCAGGCAGGCUGCACUCAGUUGUGAGCAGGGGACUCUGGAUAAAGUCUGGAAAGCCAGGCUUUGGCAAAAUCAUGUGUCAGGACUGAGUUGCACUUAAGCUGUGGAUAGAGCUGGGGUGGGGGGAGCAGAGAUGAGGUUCAUUGAUAUAAUUGAACCCCAGAUGCUUGUGCACUUUGUCAUCUGGGUUUAAGUGGUGUCUCUUGCAGAUCAGGUCUCUGGGGCAGGAGAUGGUGGUGGCAGAGCUAUCAAGCAGUGUGGGCUUCAAUUCUGUUUGAAAACCCUUGUGAAGAAGUGCAAGGAGUUGUUGUGGUUUGUUUCCUGAGGAUGGAGGAUGUGUCCCUCCACAGGAGUGGUUGCUGCAUGGAAGCAGGAAGCAGCAGGAGUGUGCUUCUGUUUGGGACAGUGACAUGGAGAGGAGCUGUACAUUUCUUGUGUGAUUUGUGGAAUAUACCUCCAUGUCCACCGCUAAGCUCAGUGUGUCUUUGACAGGACCACCAAAAAGCCCAGCACAACUGAUGAAGAUAUCCCCAUGGACUUGGGGAGGGUGAAGGGCUAUCAAGGAAGCUUUAAUAUGAAGUCCCAUAUAUUUUGGAGAAAGAAGGGUGAGAGGAGAACUGCUUGUUUUCUUGCUGAGUGGAGUGUCAGGCUCAUGAAAAUGUGCUACAGAAACCAGCAGCUUAACUCAGUUUGUUCAGUUCCCCUAUGUUUCUCCUCUGUAUAUGGCUGAAGAUAGCACUGAACAUAAGCAGGAUGUUUAGUUUAUCAUAUCUCUUCUCCUCCUCCAGGAGAAAUUCCGCUUCUGACAUGUUAGCAGUUGGGUUUCCACAGCAGUGGUUGUGACAGCCCACGGGGCUUGCACAGAGCCACCAGAGAACAGGACGUGGCCUUUGCCUUCUGCUCGUACUGAGCGAGAUGCAGGAGCAGGAUUAUCAAGGAAUGUGCUAAUGCUUUUCUCUGCAGAUGCCUCAGCUGCUAGAGCAAAUGGACACUGGCAGUGGGCAAAGCAGGAGGAAGGCAGAGGGGGAGCAGCAGUGCUGGGAAGCAUUUUCCAUAUGGCUGCUCUUGAAUAAUUCCAUUCCUGCAUCGUUAAGUGUGGAGCGAGUGAGGCUGCAGUUGUACGUGUGGGAGAAAAGGUCAGCCUGGCCUUUUGAUCUGCCUCCCCAGCAGUGCAAGUCCACGUGGGCUUCCAGGCAGAUGCCUCAUCUGUCUGUGUGCACUUAGUGGUCACAUCUGUGAGGCCUGUCAGAUUGUCCAAUUACUCGGGAUCCUUUAACUCCCCCCCAUCCCUUUUGGCAAAAUAGGGCUAUCCAAAAGCAUGCAUAAGCAGAUGGUCAGCAUGCAGGCAAGCUCUCUAAUUAAGAUGAGCCUGGACAAAUCUUAGAUUUGAAUUCACUUUAUUCUUGCUGCAAAUAAUUUUAUCACAAAAUAAAAACCUCUGAUUUUUCUUCUGUUGCCAGUGUCCUUCCUGUGUUUUGUUGCCUCUGUCCUUUUUAUUUACUACUACCCACUUGCUGAAUCAAGAAGAUUGUAAAAUUUACUAGAGCAAGGUUAUAUUUAAGAAGAAAUGUGUAAGCACGUGUGCAGCAAUAAAAUAGUCUAUUUCACUAUA